AACACAUUACAUUAGAAUUCAAUGUCAACAAGAGAAUUAAAAACCCCAAAUUUGUAUACAAUGUGCAUCAGAGAGAAGGCGCAUAUUUGGAUGAUCGUAGUGGGUACAGUUUGCGUCGCCACCUUAGUAGGACUCCUAAGACACGCUUUUGACGUCAGCAUAUUUGAUAUUAUUUUCCUUACUCCGAUUGUUUUGGUUGUUGGAUUUGCGUUCGCAAUUAAACUGAAGUCCGAUGUGGAAUACAUUCAUUUAGCGCUGCUGACCAUUUUGGCCAUACCACUAAGCUGCAUGUUUCUCUUUGUUUUCAAGAUUGAACAUCUUCUAGCGGACUGGAGGUCUUUUCGAAUUUUGCGGAAGGCUGCAAAUAUUUUUCUCCUGACAUUUCUAAUAGUGUUUCCUUGCCUCUGGCUUUGGUUUAUUUAUGCCUUAUAUAAUGAAACAAGUGGUACUUGAACUACCCUGACUGUUUACCAAUCUUCGACUGGUGUCUGAGGAAAUAUUCGCAAAGUGGCACGGCCAACAAUUAUGGCGGAAAACAGUUCAAAAAGUUUGUGUUUCAUUCAUCACCAACGUGAUUAGCUGAAAAUUUGAUGCCAAACUUGUAAUGAAUGGAAAUCACCGGAAAGUUUGCCGCUGGCGAGCUUCGCUAAUAAGACACAUUGUCUAGCCGAAGGAUCUGGUCGAACCGGCAGUGAUAUACCUCCUCGAGGACGGUGCCGUGUUAUGGCCAUAUUAUUGAUGUUGUUCUUCGGCUUCAUUUUGGCCCUAACUAUGUUUAGCAAUCCCAUGAGUCGUAAAUUUAGUAAUGCCAUUGAUUGGUUUUAUAUGAUUGCUCUGAUCUUCGGCUGUGUUUCUGGAGUAACUUUACUGUAUGCUGCAAAUAGGUCCCCAGCAAAAGCGCAGGCUCUUGAGGAUUUUCGUCUAUAUAGGGAUCCCAACCAUGUUGGCCCUUGAUGCUAUGAAUAUCUUUAUGGUGGUCACUCAAUGGAAAUUCAUACCGGUAUACCCAAAUGUUUUGAGCAUUAUAGAAACAAUUCUCACGACAUGUUAGCUUUUUUAUUCCGAAAAGGCACGAACAUACCUAACCUAUUUGACCCAACUAUUUAGAUUUAAUGGUGUGUGCACUUUUUGUAGCGCAGAAGUAUAUGCGUAAACUUUCCCGUGACCGAAUAAAUCAAGCCGUACGAUCCGAAUCGUAAGAAAACUGCAUUGGGCUGGAAAUUGAAGGGUUGUAUUCCUUCUAAAUUAAGCCGGAUCAUUUCGAGUCCUUUUUCCUUUAUUAUUAUACCAAAAGGAUAUGUAUAGGAAACAAAAUUAUCUAAUGGAAAGCCAAAUUCUGGUGUGGAUUUGGAUAGUGAUAAUGCUCGCAGUGAUUGUGGCAACCACUGUUUUCGAGAUUGUCAGGCUGUGCAAAGGUUGGAACUCCCUAGGUGACAGAACGAAAACCUAUGAAAUUAUUUUCAUAAUAGUUGCCCCAUGUGAGCUGACUGAAUGGCAAUAAACGGCUCAUUGGUUUUACAAGCUUU